AUGGUUUCAUUUAUCUUUCUCUUCUUAUUUUCUCUUGCAACGUCGUCUUAUAUUGGUGGAUUAUGCGUUGUCGCCGAGCCUUCACAACCGAAAGAGUUUGUUUUAACUCUUGAUCAAUCCAACUUCACCCAUACGAUCAGCAAGCGUGAUUUUGUUGUCGUUGAAUUUUAUGCACCUUGGUGUAGCCACUGCAAGAAACUUGCUCCAGAGUUUGAGAAAGCGGCUGCUAUAUUGAGUAACAACGGCCCCCCGGUUACUUUGGCAACGGUUGAUGCCAAUGACGAAAAGAACAAAGAUCUCGCGAGCGAAUACGACAUAAAGGGUUUCCCGACACUCAAAAUCAUUAAAAAUGGAGGGAAAAGUGUUGAAGAUUACAAAGGACCAAGGGAUGCAGAAGGAAUAGUUGCUUACUUGAAGAAACAAACUGGACCUGCUUCUGUUGAAAUCAAAUCUACAGAAGAUGGUAAUGGUCUUAUUGAUGGAGAUAAGAUUGUUAUUGUCGGAGUGUUCCCUGAAUUGUCCGGAGAGAAGUUCAAGGCAUUUUUAGCUUUAGCGGAAAAUUUGCGUACCAAUUAUGAGUUUGCUCAUACAACAGACGCAAAACUUUUACCACGAGGUGAUUCUUCUAUCUCUGGACCUGCUAUCCGUUUAUUCAAGCCGUUUGAUGAGCUUGUAGUAGAUUUUGAGGAUUUUAAGUUGGAUGCAUUAGAGAAAUUUGUUGAGGAAGCAACCACUCCUACGGUAACUGUAUUUGAUAAUGAUCCAAAGAAUCACCCAUUUGUCGUCAAAUUCUUUAGCACUCCCAAUGCAAAGGCAAUGCUGUUUGUGAACUUCAGUAGCAAGCCAUUUGGUGAUUUUGAAGCUACAUAUCAUGAAAUUGCUAAUGAGCACAAGGGAAAGGGGAUCAGUUUUCUGAUGGGAGAUGUGGAGGCCAGUCAAGGUGCUUUCCAGUUUUUUGGACUGAAAGAAGAUCAUGUUCCUGUGAUGGUUAUAAACCACCAGAAACACAAGUAUGUGAAACCCAACGUAGAACCUCACCACCUUCACUUUUGGAUGAAGCAAUACAAGGAUGGAAAAGUUGCACCAUAUGUGAAAUCUGAACCUGUACCCGAGCCAAAUAACCAACCAGUUAAGGUGGUUGUUGCUGACAAUUUCCAUGACAUCGUUUUCAAGUCGGGAAAAAACGUUCUGUUGGAGUUCUAUGCUCCUUGGUGUGGACACUGCAAAAAGUUGGCUCCAAUUUUGAAUAAAGUUGCUUCUGCAUUUGCAAAUGAUGCUGAUGUUGUCAUUGCUAAGAUUGAUGCUACUGCAAAUGAUAUUGUACAUGAAGGCUUUGACAUUAAGGGUUACCCUACAUUGUACUUGAAGACAGCAAGUGGAAACUUGUUGCCAUAUGAUGGAAAGAGAACCAAGGAAAAGAUUAUAGAUUUCAUUAAGAAGAAUAAGGAUAAAACAGUCCAUCAUGAUUCCAGAAAGGAGGAACUGUAA